AUGGCGGGACGUGAACGGCGCUUCCCGCCCCGCUCCGCCCCGGUCGUGACGGGACCGGCGCUGAGCCCGCUGCAGGCCCGAGGGCGUAGGCGGACGGGCCGUGCUGUGCGCAGGCGCGACUGCGGCCGCGAUCCACAACAAAGGGGAGACGGGUUGUGGCGACCACCCUCCCCCAGUUGCCGGGGGUGGGCGGGGGGCGGGGUCUCUGCCACCGGUGGCUCCGUGCAUGCCGGGACUUGUAGUCCUGGCGGCGGUAUUCCCGCCUUCAGGAAGCGCGACGGACCCCUGGCGUUGCUAGUCUCAGCUGCGGCGGCCGGCGACAACGGCCGGCUAUCAGGAGCCCGAGGGAUCACCGCAGGUGGCUCCUCCGAGAGCUCAACGCGGGAAGGCAGAAAGGGUGGAACUUCUGUCCCCCAGCCUCCCGGCGGGGAGCCCCCGGUGUCGGGAGACAGCGCCGGCUGCUCCCCGGGAGGCAGCGGCGUCCUGAUGCGGGCGCCCCGCGGGGAGCGCGCCCUGGAGGAGUCCCUGGAGCGGUACCAGAGGCGCCUCCGAGAACGUGCCAGUGAAAGCAUCUCUCAGCUGAAACAUUCCUUGGCAAAAGGUGAUGAUGGCACUGGAUGUGACCAGUCCUCUGUGGAUGAGGGCAGUGACAACACGGACAGGGCCAGUGAUGCCUGCGGGAACGCAGCCACUCAGGAGCUGCAGCAAAGCCACGCGGUUAACCAACUCAAAAUUUUGUUGCGACACCAAGAAAGAAUGGAAAGUGAAGAGUCUCCCUCAAGAAGGAAGAAUUCAUUCCAUAACCCCCCAGAAGCUGUGCCUGCAGACUUACCAGCCCUGUCUGACCUUGUUCCUGUAAUCAAUGAUCAGUCACAGUACAUUAACCAUUUGGAAGCAGAAGUGAAGUUUUACAAGGAGGAGUUGUGUGGGGUGAAAGAUCGAGAACAGACAGUUUUACUUGAAAAUGAGGAACUCCAUCAGAAGCUGAAAUUCUUAACUGCAGAAUACAUGUUGAGGGAACAAACUCUUCUAGAUGCCUCAGCAAAUACUCAGAACUCCCGGCCUGUAGGUGGUAAAGACUGUAGCAAGCACCAGCCUGUCACCUCCUCACCAGCACAUAACAAAGAUCAGGCUUUUCUUACAGCAGCUUCUGAAGACAAAACAAAAUGGCCUGAAGAACUGGAGAAUCUUAAACUUCUCUAUCAAGAAAAAGUCAAUAUCCUUGAUGCUCAAAUACAGUCUCUGAGAAAAGACCUUUCAGAAUCUCAGAAGACAUGCAAAGAUCUGGAAGGCAGGCUGAAGCACCAGAAGUCCCUGCUGGCAGCCCGCAAUUCCAGCCAUGUUGGCGGUCUGUGCCUGAGCUGUGCCCAGCACGAGGCCGUUCUCGCGCAGACUCACUGCAAUGUGCACGUGCAGACCAUCGAGAGGCUCUCCAGAGAAAGAGAUGACUUGAUGGAUGCACUUGUUUCAGUGAGACAAAGCGUGAAAGAGAUGCAGCAAAGAGAAUCUAAUGCUUGCAAGCAAGUUGAACACGCUGUGCAAAUGGCAGAAGAGGCCAAUUUUGAAAAAACAAAGGCUCUAGUCUACUGUGAGCAACUGAAAAGUGAGAUGGAACGGCAGAAGAAUUAUCUGGAAAAGGAGCUGGCUGCCCAGCUAAAUAAGAGGGCUGAUGAAAAAGAAGCACUGCGGCAAGAAAUGAAGAAGGAAAGGGAGGACUUGGCAGCAAUGGUGACAGCUUUGUCUAAGGAUGUGGCUGUUUUGGAGGCUCAAGUAGAGAGAAUUACAAGGGAAAAGAAUUCUCUAGUUAGCCAGUUAGAAGAAUCACAGUGCCAGCUUACGUCUCAUGAAAUGGAGAUGAAUAAGGUGUGUGGAGAAAUGCGCUAUCAGUUGAAUCAAACCAAAAUGAAGAAGGAUGAGGCAGAAAAGGAGCUCAGAGAGUACAGAACAAAAACUAUAAGGGAGCUUGAAAUUAAGGACCAGCAAAUAGAAAAACUGGGAUUAGAGCUGAAUGGAAACAAACAGCGUUUGGAAGAAGCCCAGCAGGAUGUGACAGAAGCCAGAGAGGAGUGCCUAAAACUGACAGAACUGCUGAGUAAAUCUGAGCACCAACUGCACCUCACCAGAUUGGAGAAAGAGAGCAUUCAGCACAGCCUUAGCAAUGAAGCAAAGGCCCGAGCCCUUCAGGCCCAGCAAAGAGAGCAGGAGCUGACACAGAAGAUGCAGCAAAUGGAGGCCCAGCAUGAGAAAACUGUAGAAGAACUGGAUUCAUUGCUGACCUCCCAGAAUACAUUCAUAGCAAAAUUAAAGGAAGAAUGUUUUGUGUUGGCAGAGAAGUUGGAACAAAUGUCAGAAAAAUACAGAUCUGAAGUCAACCAGCUUAGUCAGGAAAAAGAGUAUCUCCACAGCAGAUUGGAGAAGAUGCAGAAACGGAAUGAUGAAUUGGACCAACAAUGUAUCCAGCAUGGGAGAAUGCAUGAGAGAAUGAAGUCAAGGUUACAGCAGCUCGACAAGCACUGCCAGGCCACUGCCCAGCAGUUAGUGGAGUUGCUCAACAAACAGAAUCAGCUCUUCAAAGAGAAGCACCUGCUCACAGAAGAGGUGCAGUUUCUGCGAACACAGGGAAAAAAUGGGAUGCAGAUCUCAAACAGGACACAGAUGGAAUGAAGUAAAAACCUGGAUGAAUAAAGAGAAAUGAGCAGAAGUCUGCUCAGCACCUGGCUGAAACUUGUCUGAGGCUCACCCAAAGACACCUCUGCAGAAAACAGGCACACUUGCUAGCUAAUUUCAGCUGGUUUCUAUUUGGUUUUAACUACAGAAUCACAAAUAUUUUGAAGCCUUACCAGCCUACCAAACUUCCUAGGACGACAGCUGAGACUUUUCUGAAAAGACCAGGCUUGCAAGCCAGUUUUAAUAGCUAUUACGUGGUGUGGAUGUCAAUAAUUUGUACAAUUUUUAUAAAAUGUUUUUAUCUAUUUUCAUAGUUGAACAUACAUGUCUAUAUUAUUUACAGUCUGAAAUAUCAAUAAACUAAUAGGAUCUCUAGGUUCCUUGUUCUGUCCUUCUGAAUCCAAGGGAAAGCAUGUGCAGGGGAGGAGGGAGAAGGGGGCUGUUUGCAAGUGCUGCACAUGUACACUGCCCUCCUUUUUACAAACUCAGUACCAGAAUAUACCUGGGAACUUUAUUCAACAGGAUAUUUGUCACUUUUAUAGAAAAAGUGAGAGCCCCGACAACUACUCACUAAUCAGAAAAGCGUAAGAAGACUGAGAAAUGUUCCACCUAAUGUGGAGGAGUUUCCAUGGGUCAGGUUCCCCUUUAAAACAUUCACUGACCAAGGCCUUUAAGAGAAAGGAGCCCUUGCAGAGGAGCCUUGCUGGGCUCCGAGCUGAGGUGGUGAAACUGGACUCUUCCACCAGCACAUCCUCAGGGCACCAGCUGAACUUGGCUUCAAAUUAUUGAACUCGGAACAUUUGGAGGGUACAGGUGGAGGGCUUUUUUUCUGGUUAACUGCAUUCAUGUUUGUCAAGGUUACUUUUCAAAUACCCAGCUGUUUGAGAAAGAAUUAUUCUGAGUAUUUUGCUAUCUAGUGUAGGAUAAGCUACACACACAAGAGAAAAGUUUCUACAUCUAAUUUUUUCAAUGUAGUUGGUAAAGGGGGUGAAAAAAGCACAAAGAACAGUUCCCCAGCAAUAAAGCUACUUCAGCAUGAACACGGAAAACGUAACAAAAAUAAGAGUAACAACACGUGCAAUAAAUUACCAUUGGGUGUGGAACACAAUCCUUCCUUUCUCUUAUAUUUUAAGAAUUAUUAGUGGUACAGCCCUAACAUCAAAGUGAUUUUUCCUCCCUAUUUCAAUUUCCUGCCAUAUAAAACUGCCAACCACAUCUGAUUGCCUCCCUGAACAGCUUCACGGAUAUGACACUGAGCGUGCUGAGAAAGGCCUCAGGUCCUGAGGGAGAGGAAAGGCUGCUGAAAAAAAGC